AUGGACCAGGCCAAGCACAUGGCCAACAUCAAGCGCAUGAACAAGGACCUCCUUGAUGACUGGAACCAUGCUGUUGACAGGGCCAGGGCAACAGGCUCUGCCAUUCCCCAGAAGCCCAUCUUGCCCUGCACCAAGGUCAAGGAGCACGUGCUCCCCUUGGAUGAUUGCAAGGUCUUGCUGGAUGACAAUCCUAUUGUUGCAUAUGCCAAGGCGUACCAGGAGUGGUGUGAGCCACAGAAAGCCCUCCCCAGAAUCUUGAGCAUGCCCUCUGCCAUGGCCAAGAAUAAGGGCAAGGCCUCAUGGUUUGGCCGAGUGAAAAGCUCUGACUCUUUUGCCCUCUCCCCCUCUCCCUUGGCCAUCACCAUGACGCCUCGCACCACCGACUCCUUGUCCUUGCCCGUGAACAUCAUUGAUGUGGACAAGAUGAGGUGUCUGGUGCAUACAUCUGCUCAUGGACUGGUUAUCAUGCCUGGCCCCAUGAACUCCUUCAAGUGCUUGGUCUUCCUCUGUCCAAGUGAUGAUGCUGGCUUUGCUAUGAUGCAUGAACUGCCCUACAAGACAAAGCAGACAAUGAUUGACAUGGCAAAGGACUUGGGCAGGGCCUGCUAUGAUGAGAUCGAGUGGGAGCUGCAGAUCUUAUACAACUUUGACCACCCCAACACUUGGACUGAGAAGAUGGAGAACAAGAUCUCCUCCAUCUACUGGAAGGCCAUCUUCCUGGUCAUGUGCAAGGAUCAGCUCAUGGACCGGGCCAACGGCAUCUUCUAG